GUAUAUGAAAAUAUAUAGCAAUUUACAAAACGAUUAUUCAGUCUGUUUUUACAUUGUUGAUGUUCAAACAUUAUUUUCUGGAAAAUGAGUUUUAGGGUUUUCAAUUUUUUUUUGUAAUUACUUAACAGUAAGGUAAAGUGAUGAAGUUCAUCCUCAAAAGACAGAAUAAAAAACGAACAUAGCAUAAUUUUAAAUUUAUUUUUACCUUAUUCUAUUCUGAAUAUAUUUAUAUAAAAACAAAAGAUGGCAGGCAGUUGUAAGUAACCCUAGCAGAUUUGAGUGGAGCAAAAACUUGUAAACCCCAAAUGGCAGAUUGGUCUCGACUCCUGCCGGAACUUGUAGUUCUAAUAGCCAAAUGCCUUGAAGCCCGAUUUGAUAUUCUCAGAUUCCGAUCCGUCUGCUCUUCAUGGCGUUCCUCUGUUCCACUCCCACCAAAACUUAACCCUUUAUUACCCACAAAUCUCCCUUUACCAAGGCGUGGUAGAGGUGAAUGGUCUCUGAGCUAUAUUUCCGUAAACACCCUUUACCUUAUUAGAUCGUCUCGCGCUAACCAAACAGAAGCCCCAACUUGCUAUUAUAAUGUUUUCCAUGUUCGGGAUCUCGGCCGUUCUGAGAUCGGGAGAAAAGAAUGGAUUGUGCUUGAAAAUGUGGGUUGCCUUGGGGAUAUUAUUUCAUUCAAUGGGAAAUUCUAUGCCAUCGACGGAAACGGAAGAACUAUAGCCAUUGACCAAUCUUUAAACGUUAGGUUCCUACCACAUGUAGAGUGUUCCCGCGCUUCCAGAUGCAGAAAGUUCUUGGUUAAGUCCGUUGAUAAUUUGUUGUUCCUAGAAAUGUUUUGGGAAGCGGGGAAUGUGGUUCGUGUUAGAGUUUUGAGGAUGAAUGAAGAAGAGCACAAGUGGGAUGAGAUGGAUAGUUUGAGUUUGAGGGAUCGGAUCUUGUUUAUGGGUUUUCAUGAAGCAAUAUCCGCGCCAGCUUCGGAAUUUGGUUGGGGUAGAGGAAACCUCAUCUUCUAUCCGGAAAAUCUCUCCGACUAUCCAGGAUUCGGUAAUCAUGAGUAUGGAAUUUGGUAUAAAUAUAUGCUUGUGUUUGAUUUAGAAACAGGUACAGCCAGUCGCUUAGAGAAUUGCCCUGCCUACCGUAACUUGUUUUGGCCACCUCCAGAAUGGGUAACUUCUUCCACUGAAGUUAUAAGCAACUCCGCUCAUUCCAUAACUUCUGCUACAUCAAAAAGUGAGUGCACGUAUCUUGAACCCGAUUUAGCCAUCUCUCCAACAGCAAAUACCUUGAAAAUAGUAACUUCUUCUGCAAGUAAAGAAGUCGGCACAGAGCAUCCAUCUCCAAGCUCAAAGUGCAGCUUCAAAUUUUGUUUUUUCUAACUGAAGUAUCUCUAGUAGACAUGAUAAUUUAUGUAUUCAUGUUAUUUUUCUGUAUGUACUCUCAAGUUCCUCAACUUCUUUUGAAUGCUACACUCGGUUAAUGUCAAAAUUGCACAUAAGAAAUAAAAAAACUACUCUCAAUUAACAGUU